AUGAAGAAGCUUCUUAAAGUUGUGCUCUUCUUGGUCAUUUACUUAACUUGUUCCAUUGCCAUGGCUAGAUAUCAUGGUUGUGAAGAUGUUGCAGAGAAGACAAUGAGAACGAAUGUGGUCGGAGAAGCUUCAAGAGAUGAGUUUGGGAACUACGAGGAGAAGCAGAAGAAGGUGAAUAUGUCGUCGGGUCGUAAGUUAGCUUCUGGUCCAAGUCGUAGAGGUUGCGGCCACUAA